AUGCGCAGGAAUCUCGCACAAGUUUCUGGUGGAGAGCGCGAACUACGCACAUACUACCUGCGUCCAUUUGAGCGCGCAUGUGCAAGUACGAAUCCCGCCAUUGACGGAGGUAGCCUUGCGCUCAGUCUUAUGAGUGCCUAUGCGAGCUAUGAUGGGAUUCCAACCAUUUCGAACUACCAUAUUUUGACGGAAAUUCUGCGUGAAGAAUGGCAGUUCCCGUACUAUGUUACGACAGAUGCAGGUUCCCCUGAUUUACUUAUCACCUGGCAUGACACUUGCGCAACACGCGAAUGUGCCGCCCAGCAAACGCUUGAGAAUGGACUCCAGAUGGAGAUGGGUGGUGGUUCGUAUACGUAUCUCACCCUCCCCGACCAGGUAGCAUCCGGCACAGUAAAUGAGUACUACAUAGAUGAAACAGUUAAGACGGUGUUGCGCACUAAAUUUGCUCUAGGACUCUUUGAAAAUCCGUAUCCCUACGGAGAUUAUCUUUCGACCCUGCGCACGCAAGCGACGCGAGAUAUUCUGCACCAGAUGGAGCAAGAGCAGAUAGUGCUUCUUGAAAACAAAAACAACGUACUUCCUCUUAGCAGAAAUAUUAGUUCUAUCGCUCUGAUUGGGCCGCAAGUCAACCGAGUUACGUAUGGGGAUUACGUCUUCUAUAACGCGACAUUGAACGGUAUCACACCACUCCAAGGUUUCACUGAACUCCUUGCAAAUACUUCUGUCGAGAUCAAUUUCGCGCAGGGCUGUGAGUUAUGGUCGAACGACGAGUCGCAGUUCUCGGAGGCGAUUGCCGCUGCCAAAGCAUCCGACGUUGCCAUUGUCAUGGUUGGUACGUGGAGUCUCGAUCAGACACUCCUCUGGGAGCCUGGUACAAAUGCAACAACGGGAGAACACGUCGACUUAAGUAGCCUUGAUCUUGUCGGUGCGCAGAUGCCCCUAGUCCAAGCGAUCCAGGCCGUCGGCAAGCCGACAAUUGUCGUCUUCGUCAGCGGGAAGCCCAUCUCGGAGCCCUGGAUUCAGGCUAAUGUUGACGCAGUUGUGCAACAAUUCUAUUAUGGAGAACUCGGAGGGCUGGCGAUCGCAGAGAUCAUCUUCGGCGAUGCUAACCCUUCAGGCAGACUUCCUGUGUCGUUCCCACAAAACGUUGGAACAGCUCCGGCGUUUUAUAACUACCUAAAAGAUGGUCGACCCGUUUCGCCUGGAUACAUCACGCCAAAUGGGACGCUCGUAUUCGGACACCAGUAUGUUUUGAACACGCCAGUGCCAAUCUGGAGCUUCGGACAUGGCCUAAGUUAUACGUCGUUUAACUAUACCGACCUCGAGCUGUCCUCAUCAACAAUAGGAACCUCAGAUGAUUUCAAUGUCACCGUUACCGUUCAUAACACUGGCGCCGUAGAUGGCAAAGAAGUGGUCCAGGCGCGUUUAUCCGAUGUUUACCUGACAGACGUUGUCAGCUCUGUCGUAACACCGAACCAGUUCCUCGCUGCAUUUACCAAGGUUUUUGUCCCAGCUGGCGGGGCGGAGACAGUCACAAUGCAAAUCAAUUCCACCCAGCUUGGACUCUGGUCCUUGAACAAUGAAUGGGUCGUGGAACCCGGGAACUUCACUAUCAAAGUCGGGACGAGCGCUACCACGUUCCUCAACACUACCCUUAUCGUACAGUAG